CUGAGAAGGUGACUUCUCUGGGGAAGGACUGGCACCGGCCCUGCUUGAGAUGUGAGAAGUGUAACAAGACCCUGACAUCUGGAGGCCAUGCAGAGCACGACGGCAAGCCCUACUGCAACCACCCCUGCUAUGCCGCCUUGUUUGGGCCCAAAGGGUUUGGCCGGGGAGGAGCCGAGAGCCACACUUUCAAAUAA